AGCUGCAGCCGUCUAAGAAAAGUACAAGGGAUCCUCAGAAAACCCAGUAAGACCGCUCCGGAUGGCAUCCUCUGUAUACUUGGAAUUGACAGCCGGUACAAUGAAGGGUGCAGGGAACUGGCCAAUUAUCUGCUCUUUGACUUGUACAGCCAGAGAAAUGCUGACUUUGAAAGGACCGGCUUCCCUGAAGAAGUUCUGGAUGAUGUCAUCAUCUUCAUAAAGGCCGACAGUGUCCACCUGUACUGUAAUCCUGUGAACUACACCUACCUGCUACCCUAUGUGGGCUGCUGGAGGAACCUUCACUUCCACUGCAUGACCGAAAACGAGUAUGAAGAUGAAGAAGCUGCUGAAGAAUUUAAGAUUGCAAGCUUUGUGAACAUGGUGCGAGAUUGCAGCCGCAUUGGCAUUCCAUAUAGCUCCCAAGGUCACCUGCAGAUGUUCGACAUGUUCAUUGUUGAAAAAUGGCCGAUCGUGCAGGCGUUUGCCUUGGAGGGCAUCGGUGGCGGGAGUUUCUUCACUAUGAAGCACGAGCUGAUGGAUGUGAGUGAGUCUUUGUGGAAGAUCUACAGCAUCAUGGAUCCUUCUUCUCUAGAGGCCUUGCUGUCA